AUGGAUGAUGGCAGAACUACGGCCGAGCUCGGAAACUACUUCAGUCCUCCCUCGAAAGUCACUCAGGAGGAGGAGAGGAGGACAAAGGGCCUUACUGGGCAGAAGAUAUCUCCAACGGAAUCUAUCAACCCAGUGCCCAAACCCAGGCGCACCUUCCAGCACCCGUCCCACAGCGGGACCCUGCCAGAGGCCCGAGGCACCUGCCGCCCCUGCCCUCCCAUAAGACCUGUGCCCCCCGCUGUCCCGGAGAAGUACAGGAUGAAGAGACUGAGACCGCUCCCAGAUAAAGAAAACCCUUAUGAAGACAUAGAGCUGGAGAGUUCCUGCUCCCAGCAGUCACUGGCCUCUUCUCCUGGAGCUGACACCAACAAGACAGAGCUCCAGCCAGAGUUUGGGGACUCAUCAUCUCCGCAGUGCUCAGCCGUGUGUGAGCAGCAAAAGUACAAGAGGAGCCACAUCCAAUCCUCAGCUCAGCCCCCCCACGCCCAGGACCCCAGGAGCCCAAAGCCAAACUCACGACCCCACUGUGACACCUCCAACAGCCGCACCUGCCAGAGGACGCCCACCGUGAGUGCUUGUUAG